CACUCCUCCAUGAAAUCUCUCUCUCUCACACACACACACACACAUAUUCUCAUUCUGCAACUUAGCACAAGAACAUUUUGCGCAAAUGUUGUUUGUUUGAUUUUAUAGACCUGCUCAUGCUUUAAUACAUCUGAUCUUCAUAAAAGUUUGAUUUUUUCCGAAAUACAGUAUAAGAACUGCACAGUUCUACUAGCAUUUGCUUCUGUAUAGAUAACUUUCUGUUGUAUCCUGCAUAUGUACCUAUUUGUUUCCAUCUCUUGUGACUUUAUUGGCUUGAAGCCAUUUGCUAUCAUCUCUUGGUCAUACAUAUAAAAUCUUUUCGUCUUCUCGUGCUUAUGAAAUAUUUUCAUCUUCUCAACCUUUUAAAUUCAUUUGAUCUUCAUGGAACUUGAAGCCUGAAGUCAUUUGCUUCUACCUCCUCUCACACAUAUGAAAUAUUUAUUUGUUUCUUAUCAUGGUUGUGCUUUGGUGUCCUGAAUCAUGACUGUCAAUGUUCGCAGCAUAUGUUCUUGUAGGUUGAAUAGAAGAGUGGAAGCACCAAGCUGUACCAAUGGGGCGUGGAAAAGUAGAGCUGAAGAAGAUUGAGAAUCCAACAAACCGCCAAGUUACCUUCUCCAAGAGGCGGAUGGGGUUGUUCAAGAAGGCAAAUGAGCUAGCCAUUCUUUGUGAUGCGCAAAUCGGAGUCAUCAUAUUCUCUGGCAGUGGCAGGAUGUACGAGUACUCCAGCCCUCCAUGGAGAAUAGCAAGCGUCUUUGACAGGUACCUGAAAGCCCCUAGCACCCGUUUCGAGGAGAUGGACAUCCAGCAGAAAAUCGUCCAGGAGAUGACUAGGAUGAAGGAUGAGAGGAACAGACUGAGGAUGAUCAUGGCGCAGUACAUGGCGGAGGACCUGGCAUCGUUCUCCGCGCAGGAUCUGAGCAACCUUGAGCAGCAAAUCGAGUUCUCGCUGUACAAAGUUCGCCUCAGGAAGCAAGAGCUACUCGACCAGCAGCUGCUCGAGAUCCACCAAAGGGAGAUGCAUAUGCCAGCAGAGCAGGGCGGCUACCUGUGCCUCAUGAACCCGGCUGCGGCUAUUGCUAGCGGGCAGCACCAGCAGGCUGGCGAGAUGGUGGGAAUUAACCCGAGGCCGUUCCCGUGGUGGGACGUGGGAGCCAGUGGCAGUGGCAGUGGCAGCCAGAGCCAGCAGCAGCUGCUGCACGGCCGGGACGCCGCGGAGUCGUCGAUGACGGCGCUCGGGCUGUCGCCGCAGCUGCAUGGGUACAGGCUCCAGCCGCGGCAGCCCAACCUGCAGCAGGACGCCGACAUCCAUGGCUGGCUGUGAUUUGCUUUGGUCGUGGGUGUGCGUCCUCAACGAGACGAGACGACGCUGAACGUGCAGCUCCUCUGCUUGCGACCUGUUCAUUCUAGAGUCUUUGAUCAUGACCUGCCCCCGUAAUGAAACCGCCAGUAGUCGUCAAUAUCUCCUUCUCUAACCUAAGAUUGGACCUAAGAGGGACAUAAUGUGGUCGCAAAUCCAUAUAAUAGAGUCUAUCCGUCGCCUCAGCCAACGUGCCCUGCUGAAAAUAAACUUUACUGGAGCUGGCUUGUUAGUGCUGGGAGCUGGGUUGUCAUCGCGUUGCGCGUCGUUUGUGUUGAGGUUGUAAAGUAGAAACUGUGCGAGAAUGAAAUGAGAACCUCUGUUUCUUUAUUGAAUAAAGCAAUGUAUUUAUAC